UACGUGAAGAUCCAUGAAAGCUUAUCAGCAUCAAAGAUCCCAAAGGAAGCGACCAGCCAGGAGGGCCAAGAAGAAACAGCACGGGAUUCAUUCCCUUCUCACCACAUACUGGGUGCCCGGAAAGAUGUGUACAACAUCCAGAACUCCAGUGCCGAUUGACCUUUUUCCCGCUAUUACCGCUGAGUAUCGACAAAAGAAGGAAGCAAGGGCUGUUGCCAACGAGCGGUUCAAGCAGCAAGGUGGACAAAAGCCCUCAACCAAAACAAUUCACAAGCGCAACCCAACACCCAACGAAAUCGAGGACGCCUAUCGCUAUGUGAAAGACCCUUCUAAGUUCAAGCUAUACGACCACGGCCAUGUACGCGCCUUUGAUGCUACUCAAAAUGACCAACUUAUUGCAGACAUUCACUUUAUCGAUCUGAAUAAAAUCAGUGAAUCAACCCAAGAAGAUAUACAAUUCUUGUGCUUAUUUCUUCACAAAGCCAAGCGAUUUGUCAAUCCGGUGAGGUCAACAGGCAGGUCUUGUGGUGGCGUGAUGUUUGCCAUUGGAUGGAGGAAAUACAUGGCUAAGUUGGAAAUCUUGGGCAUUUAUCGAAAUCAGAAGGCAAUCGACAAGAAUCCUGAAGCAUAUGCAGAACACGUCAAGGACUCCACCCGAUGUGGUAAGCCAAUCCUGAACCUCAAGGCACAGCAAGACUACAUAUCACACAAGAAUCACAGACCCAAGACCCCUCAAAAGUUACCCCAGGCCCUCAAACAAAGGCAAAAAACCAAUAACCCUCACAAGUACCCCCACAUGGAUAAUAACAUCUCCCACACCUCUGAAACUCCUCAGAUGAAACCCAAGACCAAAUUCCUAGUUCAUUAUUGAUAAGACUUAGCUCACACACCAGCUACACACUAGUAACCCUUCUCAAUAUAACAUCAAACCCCUCUAAGAUAUAUUCCUUAUCUCUUAUCUCCUUCCAUCUUAUGCCAAGAAUUCUCACACAACAGUUAUGUUUGAUACUAGUCCUCUUUUGGUACUUUCUUCCCAUUUCCUGUUCAAUCCUUAUCUGGGUGAAAUAAUUACCCCCACCUCUUCCCCUUGAUAAGAUUAUCCAAGCCUCUCUCUGUUUCAGAAUGAAUUCAUUACCUUAUCUUAGCUUGGCCCUUUCUUUGGUUUCAGACUAGUCUUAUCUUAUCUUAGUGCCACACUAAAUUAGGCCACAUUGUUCAUAGUUCAAUUUUCUUCCUUGUUCAUUCUUUG